AUGGGGUCACUGAGUGAAUUUGGCCCUCUUCCCGGGCCAAACGGGCUCGGCACCGGGAGGCAGGAUUGGUGCCGCCGCGCAGGUUCCGACCAACUCCGCAUGCCUCGGAGGAAGUGGCGGCCCAACAAGGCAACCCUGCAAGGCACGUUUGGAGUUGCCACUCCCCGCGUGGGCAGCCAUAGGUCGACAACCAGCUUUGAAGGCAGGUGUCCCUUCGCUCCUGCGGGCGAUGACGGCCUGCCGAUGGCGUCCGAAAUCAGCGUGCGAUUUCGCUAUGCGGACUCGGUGAUCAGAGACCUGGCCCCCCGCCCGUUUGGUGGACACAUCGGUCGCGGGGAUAUUCCUGACGGGAAGGGUCGAGUGUUGAAACGAAGCAACGACAUUCGACUCGUGGGUGGAAGUUUGCCCAGCGAGGGCAGGGUUGAAGUGUACCAUGACGGACAGUGGGGGACCGUCUGUGACGACGAUUUUGACAUGAACGACGCCAACGUGGUCUGCCGUCUGAUGGGGUACGCAAGCGCUACUAAGGUCCGAUCUCAAGCAGCGUUCGGGGCGGGGUCAGGCCCGAUCUGGCUGGACAACUUGGCCUGCGAGGGUUCUGAGACAAACAUCGAACAGUGCAGCCACAACGGAUGGGGCAAACAUAACUGUGGACAUGGUGAGGACGUUGGUGUGGUAUGCUCGGAAGGCAUCCGCCUCGAGGGUGGAAGUUUGCCCAGCGAGGGCAGGGUUGAAGUGUACCAUGAGGGACAGUGGGGGACCGUCUGUGAUGACGGUUUUCACAUGAACGACGCCAACGUGAUCUGUCGUCUGAUGGGGUACGCAAGCGCUCUCGAGGCCCGAUCUGAAGCAGCCUUCGGGGAGGGGUCAGGCCCAAUCUGGCUGGACAGCUUAGACUGCGAGGGUUCCGAGACGAACAUCGAACAGUGCAGCCACAACGGAUGGGGCAAACAUAACUGUGGACACGGUGAGGACGCUGGUGUGGUCUGCUCGGACGAUCAACACUAACCGGGAGCGUGUGAUGAGAAGAAACCAAAAUACAUCCGGUUCAUCAGCCACACGUGUUGAAGACCCUGUAUAAUUGCAUGUAAAGCUAAGGGCACAACCCGCAAUUUGUCCGUCCUUUUUUUGGGGGGGGGGGGGGGAGGCCACGUCCGACAUGUAUUUCUGAAAACUUUCAGGCUAUACAGGGCAGGCUAGGCGCGUCGCUCGUACUGGCACGUACGGGGGGCGAAUAAUCUGCAGCCCGAUGGCACACAACGUUUUGCCUGCACGUAAAGUUCUACGGUGUGUCUGAGGGCUCCAAAAUCCGUCGGAUUCCCUACGAGUUCGUAUGGAGGUGGUACUCACCACUUACGGAUUCCAAAAGAUUGCCCACACAUUGACACGUAGACAGCACAUAUUUACACGUACGGCGGGUUGUGCCCUUAGCUUUAGGUCUCAUUUAUGUAUUGCUCUAUACGUGGACACUGUAGAACAAUACGGGACCAAAAAGCAACGGCUGCAUGGUCGCUCGUUUUUAGCGGUGAGAAAUUCCCUUUUAGUCAGCCGACCUGAUCUCAGGAGUUUGUUAGAAACUGAAGAAAUUAGCAGAUUAACUUUGGCAGCCGUGCGCUUGGUCGGAGGUACACAGUCCUGAGUGGUGCAGUUGUAUACUAACAGAAAAUUAGUGCGGGGAUUGACUAAUUGUAGUUUGUAAUUGCUAUAAGGUCUC